GCCAGAUUUGUUGCAAAAGAAAAAAAUCUGGCUAACUGAAACAAUAAGGAUAUUAUGGUAAAGAAAAUGGCUACUUUCAAUAACAGAUAACCUAAUUUUGUUUUCUCUUUCUAUUAUUGUUUUCCUCAAUGAGGAUUUAAAUAAUCGAAAUGGCUGUGGAAUUGGGUAUGCGAGUUGUUCGUGGACCAGAUUGGAAGUGGGGCAACCAAGAUAACGGAGAAGGCCAUGUUGGCACCAUUGUGGAAAUUGGUAGGCCAGGCAGCCAGACGUCACCUGACAAAACUGUUGUUGUACAGUGGGAUUCAGGUGCAAGAACCAAUUACAGGAUUGGCUAUCAGGGAGCAUAUGAUUUGCGUAUUUAUGAUAAUGCACCUUGUGGUGUGAAACAUCCAAACAUAAUCUGUGAUACCUGUCGUGUUCAAGGCAUUCUGGGAAUGCGGUGGAAAUGUUCAAAGUGUCGUGACUUUGAUCUAUGCAUGAUGUGUUACAUGAGCGACAAACAUGACUUAACUCACACUUUUUUUAGAUACGACAACAGCAACUCGAAAGGGGUGAAAGUACCCAAACGAAGAGACAGUCAAAAUCAGAAGGUCCUAGCUCAGGGCAUUUACGCUGGCGCCAAAGUGUGUAGGGGGCCUGAUUGGGAUUGGGCCAAUCAAGAUGGUGGAGAAGGCAAAGUGGGCAGAGUGACAGACAUUCGAGGCUGGGAUAACGAAUCAGGUCGCAGUGUGGCUCACGUCAUUUGGUCAUCUGGCUCCACCAAUGUCUACCGUAUGGGGCACAAGGGCAAAGUAGAUCUGAAGUACAUCCAUGCAACGCCAUCUGGGCAAUAUUACAGAGACCAUUUACCUGUUUUAGGUGAACAUGUGGAAUCUGAAGUCCCAGGUGUACAUAGCCAGUUCAAGGUGGGAGACAAAGUGAAGUGUGACCUAGAUGUUGAGAUUCUGAAACAGAUGCAAGAAGGUCAUGGAGGUUGGAAUCCUCGAAUGGCAGAUUAUAUCUCAAAAAUUGGGACUGUCCAUCGUAUCACUGACCGUGGAGAUGUGAGAGUCCAGUAUGAAGGCUGUGCCAAUAGAUGGACAUUUCACACAGAAGCUCUAACUAAAGUUAUAAUGUUCCACCCAGAAGACUUUGUCAAAAUCUCAGAUAAUCUUCAGUUGGUGAAAGAGCUACAGGCUGGACAUGGUGAAUGGACAGACGUAAUGAAAAAUACCCUUGGAAAGAUUGGCAUAGUGAAAAAAGUCUACGUAGACGGAGAUCUGAGGGUAGCUGUGGCCAACCAGGAGUGGACUUUUAAUCCUCUUUGUUGUACACUGGUGCCUCACGGAGCAGAAGAAAUGAACAAUACGCUUGGUUCUGGCCAUGAUCAGAGAGCAGCCAUGCCUGCUUUCACUUCAAUAUUGGAACAGCUAGCAGAGUUGCGGUCAUCCCAUGGUCAAGAAACAGGUCCAGAUCGCCUAGUCAGAGAAGCUGCCCAAGGGCAUGUUGAAGUUGUGAGGGAUAUUCUUUCCAAAUAUCCUGAUAAGGUUGACCAACAGAGCUCCGGGAAAACUGCCCUCCAGGUAGCCAGUCACCAAGGCCAUCGGGACAUUGUACAGCUCCUUCUCAAUGCCAAGGCCAGCCUUGAGGCCAAGGAUGAGGAUGGAGAUACUGCUUUGCAUUAUUCUGCUUUUGGCAACCAGCCAGAGGUGAUGAGACAGCUGUUGGAGAAAAGAGCUGAUGUGGACUCGUUGAACAAUGGCGGAUGCAGCACUCUCCAUGUAGCAGUCAACAAGCAGCAUCAGGAGUGUGUCAAGGUGCUGCUCAACUGGGGCUGCAAUGUCAACAUUCAGGAUGCCUAUGGAGACACAGCGUUACAUGACGCCAUAGGCAAAGAGAAUCCCACGAUCAUAGAACUUCUAGUCAACUACGAGAAAAUAGAUUUCCGGUUGAAGAACAAGAGAGGAUUUAAUGUUCUGCACCAUGCCGCCCUGAAAGGAAAUGUUUUUGCCACAGAGAAAAUACUUCAGAAGUGUAAAGAUAUUGUUGACAUCAAAAAGGAUGAUGGGUUCUCUUCCCUUCACCUGGCUGCUCUCAAUGGUCAUAGAGAUGUCGCACAAACAUUACUUCAGUUCAAUGCUGACAUAGAAAUAAGAAACAACCGACAGCAGACCCCAUUGUUGCUGGCAGUAUCUCAAGGUCACACUGCCAUCAUAGAUCUACUGGUAACACGGGGUGCCAAUAUCAACGUGUCCGACGAGGACGGUGACACGUGUCUCCACUUGGCCUUGAUGAGACAAACAGUGGCCACUGACAAGGAGAACUCGGCUGUUCUCACUGCGAUCCGCACCCAGUUGGGAAUGACAGAGAAAGAAGAACAGAAUGGUGCUGCUAUAGCCUGCUACCUGGCCCAGCAAGGAGCAGACUUGCACCAUAAGAACCACCAUGGCAAGACUCCCUUGGAGGUGAUCAGUGACCCAAAGAUAGAGGAGGUCAUCAAACAGUUUGCCACAGCGUUUUCCAUCAAACAUAAAAAUCUCUCUGCCAGACAAGUCAGGCCAGUGCUGAGAGAGUGUGCCAUUUGUGACAACAAGACCUCCCUGGUGACCUUUGUCCCCUGUGGUCACACGGUAGUGUGUACCAGCUGCUGCGUCAAGAUGAAGAAAUGCAUUGAGUGUAAAGUUUUGAUUGACCAAAAGAAAACACAAGAUGGUCAAGUGGUCAACCCGUCUGACUUAGCCACAAACUCAGAAGAAGCAUUGUUGAAGAGGAAAUUGCAGGAACUUGAAGACACCAUCAACUGCCCCAUCUGUAUGGAGAGACAUAGGAACAGGGUGUUCCAGUGUGGUCAUGCAACCUGUGGCAUCUGCGCAGAAUCCCUCAAGAACUGCCCCAUCUGUAGGAAACAAAUCCGACAGAAAAUCAAUUUGUUUUGAACAUUAUCUGUAAUUUUUCGUUCACUUUAUGACAUUGUAUAUAAUCCAAUAGCUCUUGUUCACAUUGUCCAGGAACAAUGCAACAGUCAGGAUUUUUGGUUUCAAGACCGACUGAAAGCUGUAUAUAAAUAUCUUGGCAUGGCAUUCAGAUUAAUUACAAGACAACACUAUGCCUCAAAUGUUUCUCUCAUGUUGCUGUGUAUUGUUUUGUUUCUAGUUAAAUGUUCACUCAAACAUUUCCGUUGACUAUUACCAGUGUGUGAGAUUUGACCCAGGGUUUGAUUGAUACACUUUGACAUAGCUUCACCAUGUACACAUCAAGAAUAGAUCAUUUGAUUCAUCAUGUGCGCAUCUGCCAAUGUUUCUCUGCCACACUGAGCUCUGUUAAGUGUGUAUAUAAAACAACUGUUUCUCAAACUCCCCUUGUCACUCUUGUAACCAACAAGUUUUGUUGUAUUGGACUCUGCUCUGGUCCAUUUGAUUUAUUACAAGGAAGAUAACUGUUAAGCAGUGGCAUAGCAAGAUCAAGAAUAUGGUGGUGACACCCCCCACCCCCUCAAGAGAAACUCAUAGGUUGAUAGUGACCAAAAAAAAUUGAGUUAUCCUGCAUGCAUCAAUAUAUUUACAAACAUAUUUAUUUAUGUACCACUUUUUCAAGUACAGAUCUAAUGAAGCUAGAGCAUCUUUCUAGUACAUCUAUUUGAAAGUUUAAAAAAAAAAAGUGUUAUUUCGAUGGCUAUUUUUAGUUAUGGGCCCAGACACAAUGAACCCUUCAUGCUAUGAUUGCUACUCCACUGCUGUUAUGUCAGCUCUAAGAAAGAAAAAUGCUGGGAAAAUUUCUUGUCAGGCUUUAAAAAAUUUGGUAAUUUUCUUUCCCGCACUUGCACUGGGUGUGCUUCAGAGAUUUUUGCUUGACCAAAUGCUGACCUAAAGUAAGGGAUUGUAUAAUACUAACCUAAAGUAAGGUCUUUAUUUAACAUAAAGUUUGGAUUUUUUUUUUGUCCAAAAAUAAUCUGUGUCUUAAAUGUUUUAAAGUAUGAAACAGAUGGAUUGAAUGUAUUAAAACCAGUCUCAGCUACCAUUGAGCUGGUUGUCCAAUGUAUCACUGGAUGCCAGGGAUUUGAACAUGGUUAACUUUUGUUUGGGUGUUUUUUUAUUUCCUGAAGGGCUGGUUUAGUUUGAUCAAUUCCUUGUUUGUUUAUUUAUUUAUCAAAGAAAAUACUUUCUCUUCAUGUAAAAACCUGCCAAUGUUUCACUGUAGGAAAUGUACAAUUUUUUUUUGUUUGUAAAGUUGCAUUGCACAUCCUGGUCUGGACGCACUCAAUAUUUGUAGAGUUUUUUUACAAUUUUUUUUUAAACUUCUCAAGUUAUUACAUAACUAGAGUCAACAUUUUACUGGAACUUAUUGACAUUAUUAUAUCUGCUUUAUUAGUUCUGCCUAGUUGACUCUACCCACUUUUGUUUUUUUUAUGAAGUUAGGAUACCCAAAAACAGGUGCUUUAAAUGUCACUUCUUCUGUGGCUUAAUAGUCUUUAGGCUGCCAUGCUGUUCAAUGGUAUAUCUAUUUAACUUUUGUUCAGUUUUAUUUUGAAUACCUGACAGUAAAUCCACACGUCCAUCUGAAUUUGGGAACCCUCUGGUCCCUGAAGUAUUUCACUACAUCCACCAUAGUCAGCUUUACAAAGGCAUUAGUUUCCUUCAGGUUCACUGCUAUAUGAAAUAGAAUGAAAUGUUUGAUAGGGUAGGCAAUUUAUUGUUAGAUGACAUAGAAUGAAUUGCAUGAUAAGGGAGACAAGUGUUGUUUGUUUCUGUAUUAUGAACAGCACAAUGAUAUCCCCUGUCACUUCACAUGAAGGGAGACCAUCACUCAGACAUGAACUCUUGUACCAAACUUUCACUUGUGAAGUUUACUUAGUAAAGGAAUUAAGCUGGGAGAUUGUUAAGUCCAAAGUUAUUAAAGUAAAGUUGUUUCUUUUAAAUGCCACAUACAUACAAAAUAUUCAAAUAGAACUCUGAACACUCUUAAUUUUCUAUUGAAACUGUGGGAUUUUUUUUUUUUUAUUUACAAGUAACUCAUUACUUGGACAAGUGAAUUAUGUAGAAACAAAUGUCUACUCUAUCUGUGUGUAUGUAAGUAUUGUUUUGAAAUUCAUACACAAUUGUUUACAUUACCUCAUAACUAUCUGCUGAACCUGGAGUCCCCAAACCACAAAACUUUUUUUUAUUUUGGUGCUGCCUACAUUAUGUCCAGCAAGUGAUGAUAUCUCUUAUAAUUUGUAUCUAUCAGCAACACUCUAGUAAAUUUUAAAGAUGGUAUCAUUUAAAAAUAAAUUUUAAAGAUAGUAUCAUAGAAUGAUCAUCUUGAUUUAAAUCUUAAUCUUGCAGGUUAAUCUUAUUUCACUUUUUUUUUUAAUAAACCUUUUGACUGCAAUACUGUCAGAUAUGUUUUUCUCUGUGACUAAGACUGGCAAGUUCUAAAAAUAGGUUCUUGGUUCCUGAUACAUUGUAGCAUUCAAUGAGGUUAGAAAAAGGAGAAAAUGACUUCAUAAGACAGACCUUUUGCUUCAUUUUUAAUUCAGAAUAAUUUUGACCUUGUGAUUUUUUUAAUUAUUUUUUUUUUGGACUCUUAGACAUUAAAAAAUGUUCAAAAUGGAUUAUAGAAUUACUUUUUUUUUAAGUUGACUUUCUACAAGGCAAAUUUUAAAAGUUUGGCUUCACUCUUCACAUUCCAAACUGUUGAUUUCUCUCCCUGGUAUUUAAAGCUACAUGUGAAAUGACAGCAUGACUUUCCUAGCAAUGUCUUCCUAGUUGCUCACCAUAUCCAUGAGUUGUUUGCUUUCUAGAGUUCCUGUUGUUAGGAUCACUUGGUGAGGCCUACACUCCUGUACAAGUGAUAGAUGUGUGUGUCUCUGUUCAUAGCAAGGUCAGCAUGCAGCAUGUAUUGGCUUGAUUUGAUUAUGUAUUGGCUGUUUGAUUGACUCAUCACACAUUUAGAUGUGAAUUGUUUGUGUGCCCAUGAAGAAUAGUUCUGCCCAGCCCUGUCCUCCCAAGCCUGAAAAUUGACCCACAUAAUGUUUGUUUCCUAGAUAGUACCGGUACAUUUUUGUUUCUAUUUGACAAGCCAGCUGUCUUAAACCGAAAACUUCUCCAUAACCACAGAGUCAAUCUUGCCUCUAUAGUUUAGACUUGAUCUCUUGUUUUUUUGUAUUAAUGUGAAAACAAAGUGGAUUUAUUUAAUUUGGGUGUCUACCUUUUUUAUAAAUGUAUGAAAAACAAAAUGGUUUGGGAUUAAAGAUUCUGGUGUAUUAAUUGAUGACUUCCUAGCGUGUAGUAUUUUUACCUGGUCAACUUUGCCCCAAUUUCUGCACCCCUUUUGGAUUAUAUCUAUGUCAGUGAGUGCUUCAAUGUCAAGGCUGGCAGAUAUCUUCAAGUUCAAGGAAACAAACUAUCUACUAAAUAUUCUAUGUACAUGUCAAAUCUAUUUAUUGGUAAGCCAAGAAUUAUUUUUUUUUAUCCUGUAAAGUUAAGAUUUUUUUUCAUGGAACGGGGGUUUUUAUUUGAGACAAAAAAUGUGUGUUCUGUUUUCUCUGUUAAGUUGAAGUUUUGGUUAUCAAAGAGAGAUGAGAACACUUUAAACAUUUAAGACAUGAAAAUGUUUCUUUGAAAGUUGUAUGUAAUGUUAGUUUUUUCUGAAGUAUGAAUAUUGCUUAACAAUAACCAAAAAAAUGUCAAUUUGACUGAAUUUUAACAGAAGUUUUGUGUAGUUCAUGGAAUUUCAAUUAAUCUGUAAAGUGUAGGAGGGCUGAAUCUGUUCUUUUUUUCAAAGUUUAGUUCAAAUAUUCGUUUUGCUCUUAGCAAAGAAAAAAAAUAUUUUUUUUUGCAUUUUUCUAUUAUAGAUACUAAAUUUUUAUAAAAAUUGUAUAUUAAGUUGUGUUUGUAAAUAAAAUUGAAAAUAAAAAUAAAUUUGAUUAUUAUAUAAA